GUCUUUGUGGUGUUGGCUUUUGUGGACACGUGCUGUAUGGGAACUGCGGAGUCAUGGCCUGAACCUCUGAUUGAUCACCUGAGGCGAGCAGUGAGUCAGGCAGAGGAGCACAGGUGAAGGCAAUGCAGCAUUGCUGCUGGAAGGGGUGCAGCCAGGCUACAGCCCUCCUAGACCUGUUUAAGAGCUGGCUCCCAGUGGGGAAGGAUCUCGUCUGGAGAUCUGCUCUGCUGGAGUUUUGUAAGUGAGCCCAGGAUAGGGGUAAGCCUUCUAUUUAUUCUCCUUUUGUUAGCUUAGUCUGCUUUGUCAAACUCUCUUGUUUAUUUCAUAAUGACAACAUCUUAAUAGUCAUUGAUUAUACACGUGCACUAAGUACUUUUUCUUGUUUUAGACUACUCCAACAUACUUGGCCAAGCUGAUUUUGCAGAUGCCUCAAAACAAACCCACAGAGUUCAUGGAUUCAGCCAUCUUCACGCUGCAUAACUACGCAUCCAGUCAGAGAGAGGAAUCUCUGCUGUUGUGGCUGUUGCAAAUAGCAUUGCAGGAAGAGAUCAAGUACGUUGUAGCGUAGGACACAGCCUUGCUGUUGCCUCAGUUUGGGCCGCUGCUGAAAUUGAAGCUGUUCUUGUGUGAUGUCCCGUGCUCAUUUGCUGAUAAUGCUGAACUGUCCCUGCCUUCUGCUCAAGCUGUUUGGCGUCAGUCCUUUCUGUAACCUGGAAGGAGAAGGAAUUACCUUUGUUCUUUAGGAUUAAAGCCAUUUUUCUUUAGCCAAUGCUUUGUUGCUCAGGGAGGCACUAUUUUUGAUCUACUGCAGUGCUUUCCUAAGAUUCAGUCCCAUCUAAGUUCUCUGCUGUCUAGUAAGAAGGACUUGGCACAGACUGCGAGCUUGGGCUUUACAGGCCAGAGUGAAGCUGACGCGAAGGUCACUGUUUUCCAAAACUGAUGAGGAGGCUGAAAAUCAGAUGCUGUCUGGUUUGGGUUUUUUACUGGCUGUCAGGCUUAAGGAUUCUGGCUGUCCUUUGGCAUAAUGGAGUUGAUUGUCACUUAGGAGUUUGGUGUUUAUGACUUCUGGCUGAUACGGAGCUUGACAACUUGCUAGGAAGACCAAAUACAUACAAUGUUGGAGGCAGUCAUGCCUUUUUUGAUGCUUUUAAGUAUGAGGAUGGUAUGUGCCCUCCAACAGAUGCGCUCUUUCAACCGUGGUGCCCGUGGUCAGAACGCACUGAGGCAGAUCUUGGCCCCCGUUGUGAAGGAAAUUAUUGAGGACGAAUCGCUCAACGUCAGAACGGAUCCAGUGGAUAUUUACAAGUCCUGGGUUAACCAGAUGGGAUGUCAGAAUGGUGAGGCCGGCCAGUUGCCGUACGAUGUUACACCUGAACAAGCUCUUAAUCAUGGUGAGGUGAGGACGCACCUGGAUGCUUCAAUCCGAGAUGUGAAGGCAGUGACAGACAAGUUCCUGUCUGCCAUCGGUUCAGCUGACCAAAUCCCUUACGGGAUGCGUUUCAUCGCCAAGGUACUGAAAGACUCCCGGCAUGACAAGUUUCCUGAUGCUGGCGAGGAUGAGCUUCUGAAGAUUGUUGGCAACUUACUCUAUCACCGCUACGUGAAUCCGGCCAUGGUUGCACCAGAUGCAUUUGACCUAAUGGAUCUUUCAGCUGGAGGGCAGCUGACUACAGAUCAACGAAGAAACCUUGGUUCUGUUGCAAAGAUGCUGCAGCAUGCUGCGUCCAGUAAGAUGCUCAUGGGAGACAGUGCACAUCUGAGCAUUGUGAAGGAAUACUUGUCACAGUCGUCCCAGAAAUUCAGACACUUUUUUCAGGUUGCUGGCGCGGCUCCUGAAUUGCAGGAUCAAUUCAAUAUUGAUGAGUAUUCUGGCUUGGUGACUCUCACUAACCCAGUUAUUUGUAUUUCUGUUGGUGAAAUCAUCAGUACACACACUCUGCUCUUGGACCAUCCAGAUGCAAUUGCUCCCGAGCAUCAUGAUCCCAUUCGUGAAUUGCUGGAUGACCUUGGAGAAGUUCCUUCAGUGGAGUCCUUAACAGGUCUCAGGGGAUGGAUAGAAGGACACAGCUUUCAGGAGGAUGCUUGGACAUCAAAAUAGUUCCCUGGGUGUUGCUCCUCAAGAAAAGCGAAGGGUCUGGCGACAUUAAUGACCCAAACAGGGAGAGGCUGGCGAAGACAGAGGUUUCUCUCCCGCUCACUGAUAAAUGCGAUGUUCCUGGUGGUGGAAGUGCGGAGAUGGAUGCUAGGACAGUGCUGCUGAAGGAAGUGAGAGAUGAACUGGCUGAUGUAUUUCUUAAGAGAAGAGGGAGACCAGAACCUGGAUUUUCUUGCUGUUCUGUUUGUGCAAGUAGGAGAACUGAAGUUUAAAUUGAGCAAAGGUGGUGCUAUGACUCAAAGUCCAUUGAGGUCGUAGCCAUUUCUUUCAGAUGCUGUAGCUGUUAAAUUUGUGCUUGAAGGUUCUUUGUCAGUGAAGAAUUUGUCACUCUGUAAAAGUGUAUCUGGGAUAAUUCUGGAGGAGAAAAAUUACCAGAACAGAAAAUAUUCCAAGUGUGAGCAGGUCUGAUGGCAGCAGUUAAAUUUACUGUUGUACGGAUGAUUUGUGGGGAUUAUUGUGAAUAACC